AUAUAAGAGAGGGGCAAAGAGAGAUUGACGCAACAAAUUUCUACAUCGAUUAACUGUCCAUUAUUCAUAGGAGCCUAUAAAAAGGAUUUGCUUCGAGGACUUUUUGCCUUUAGCCAUUAGCUAACAAUUCCUUACUCUUAAAAAUGAAGGUGCUGAUUCUGCUAGCUUUAGUAGUAGCUUCAAAUGCUGCAGCUGUUGUUUAUCAUCCUGCAUGGUGGCCGGCAGCAUCAGCAUAUCAAGCAAAAGAUGGCAUAGGUAAUUACGUAUUUGGUCAUCAUGAUGCCCAUCCUGGAGGUCCAUCUUUUCAUAGCGAAUCAGGUGAUGCCUCUGGCCGUAAAGUCGGUGCCUACGGAGUCAAAGACCCUGAUGGCAAAGUGAGAAUCGUCGAAUAUGUUGCCGACGCUGGUGGAUUUAAAGCCAAUAUCAAGACAUCAGAAAAAAUUGACAAAGACCACCAAGACCCGGCUGGUGUGACCACUACAGAAGCUAAGAAAGUAGUUGCUUGGCACCCCGUCGCUUACCAUGCCCUUCCCUACUACUUCUCUGAAUCGGAACACUCGGAUUUACAAGCAAGUCCAGCAAUCAACAACAUGAAGGUCCUUAUUUUGUUCGCUCUUUUUGCCGCUUCUCAAGCAGCUGUUCUUAUUGGUACUGGUGCCAGCACCCAAUACAGAAGUCAAGAUAACCAUGGAAACUAUGCUUUUGGUUACAAUGAGGCUCAUCCAUCAGGUGCUACUUUCCGAAAAGAAACCGGCAGCCAUGGUGUUGUAGCUGGCUCAUACGGAUUGGCUGAUGCUGAUGGUCGACAACGAGUUGUUAACUACGUUGCUGAUGCCGCCGGAUUCCGUGCUGACAUCAAGACCAAUGAACCAGGAGUUGAACCAAAAGAUCCCGCUAACACUGCCAUCAACAAGGCCACAUUGGUAGUUGCUCCUGCUGCACCCAUUGCUUACGCUGCUCCACUUCCAGCAGCCAUCCAUGCACCCAUUCCUGCAGCUAUCCAUGCACCUCAUUAUGCUGCACCACUUCUGACUUAUGCUGCAGCUCCACACUCCGCUGUACAUGUCUCUGCCGGCAAUGCUCUCGGAGGUUACAGUUACAGCACUGUUGUGGGUCACCACGGUCUUCAUCAUGGUCUUCAUCUGUUGUAGUUGAUUUAAAACUAUAAAUAUCUUUAUUGAAGUCAUUGAAGAACAAUGAAGUUAUUUACAAAUACAUUGAUGUCCAAAUAUAGAGCUUUUGAAUAAACAAAUUAUUUUUUAAGAA